AAAUCCAGUUGGCGGCGCCGUCACCGUUUCGUCUGUAGAGGUGAAAUGAGACGGACAAUGGAGUGGGCGGCGAGUGCGGAGCACUUGGGAGGGUUCCCUAGAAGAAUGGUUUUCACUGCGGUGGGGGCCUUUGCCAAGGCGGUGGCUUCUCUAUUCAACUCCUCCUACGUUCAUAAUGCCGACACCCUCAUUCGUUUGGUCCGGUCAAGACCUCCCGGUGUACCCCUUAUCACUGUCAGCAAUCACAUGUCUACGUUGGAUGAUCCGCUCAUGUGGGGAUUUAAAGGGUUUCCUACAUUUGAUGCUAAUUUAGGUCGAUGGGUAUUGGCUGCCGAAGAUAUAUGUUUUAGGAAUGCAUUUUAUUCUUACAUAUUCAGGCUCGGGAAAUGUAUACCUAUUACAAGGGGUGGUGGAAUUUAUCAGGAACACAUGAACGAGGCUCUUCAGCGGCUAGAUGAUGGAGCUUGGCUGCAUACAUUUCCAGAAGGAAAAGUGUCUCAAGAUGAUGCUCCUAUAAGACGAUUGAAAUGGGGAACUGCUAGUCUAAUUGUCCGUGCAUCUUUAACUCCAAUUGUAUUGCCAAUUGUUCAUUACGGUUUUCAAAAGGUAAUGCCAGAGAAAUUUAUGUUUGAUAGACGGCCUCCUUUACCGUUGUGCAAUAAGAGAAUUGACAUAAUUGUUGGCGAGCCUAUUGAAUUUGACCUUCAAAAAAUGAGGCGGAUGGCUAUUUCACGGACUCAAAAUGAGUCAUUUCAUCUCAAUGGGUGGCCUUGCACUUCUCCUGAUGGUUUGGAUGAAACAGCACAGAGAUACCUCUACGCUACAAUUUCUGAGCAAAUCCGAGCAUCCAUGGAGAGAUUAAGGAAUUUCAGGAAAAGUAUCCUUGGGUCAUAAAUUUAGUUAUACCCGAGGUUGGCCUUUUAAUUUUUCUUCAGUCAUUAGGGAGUUAAUUUUGUCAAGGGUAUUUGCCUUCAAUUAUUAGUCAGAGAAUUCCCUAAAAUGGAACGCUGUUGAAAACUGAACAGCGAGCGCCACAUUGGGGUGCCUCAAUCAAGUGCCAUUAGAUUAUGGGGCCUUGAUGCGUGACACAUAAUGAGAUGGACUAAAAAAUUAAAAAAAAAAAAAAAUCCCUGAAAUGCCAUUGUUAAAAAUGACUUGUGAAGGUUCAUUUUUGGCUCAUUUUGCAUUUACAUAGUCAGGGGAUUUUUUAAA